AUGUCCGCUGUGUGGAAAUACUUUACACUGGAAACACCGCAGAGCAAGACAGCAAAAUGCAAUGUUUGCAAAGCCGUAAUUCAGAGAGGCGGAAGCUCCCUCGCGUCGUACAACACACAUGGUGGUGUGCCACGAAACAGAGAGGAGGAGAGGGACCAAAACGUCAUCACUGUCAACACUGUGACAAAUCCUUCAAAACAUCUGGAUAUUCAUCAGAGAGUUCACACUGGACAGAAUCUACACAGCUGUGAGCAAUGUGGGGCAGCUUUCACACUACAGAGUUCUCUAAAAACACAUCAACGCAUUCACACUGGAGAAAAGCCUUACAGCUGUGAUCAAUGUGGGGCAGCUUUCACACGACAGAUCACCCUAAAAAGCCAUCAACGUAUUCAUACUGGAGAGAAGCCGUACAGCUGUGACCGAUGUGGGGCAGCUUUCACACAACAAGUUAACCUUAAAAGACAUCAACGCAUUCACACUGGAGAGAAGCCGUACAGCUGUGAUCAAUGUGGGGCAGCUUUCACACGACAGAUCACCCUAAAAAGCCAUCAACGUAUUCAUACUGGAGAGAAGCCGUACAUCUGUGAUCAAUGUGGGGCAGCUUUCACACAACAGGUUAACCUUAAAAGACAUCAACGCCUUCACACUGGAGAGAAGCCGUACAGCUGUGAUCAAUGUGGGGCAGCUUUCACACGACAGAGUGACCUAAAAAACCAUCAACGCCGUCACACUGGAGAGAAGCUUCACAGCUGUGAUCAAUGUGGGGCAGCUUUCACACGACAGAGUGACCUAAAAAGACAUCAACGCCUUCACACUGGAGAGAAUCUUCACAGCUGUGAUCAAUGUGGGGCAGCUUUCACACACCAGAGUAACCUGAAAAUACAUCAGCGCAUUCACUCAGGAGAGAAGCCGUACAGCUGUGUUAUAUGUGGGGCAGCUUUUACACACCAGAGUACCCUAAAAAUACAUCAGCGCAUUCACACUGGAGAGAAGCCGUACAGCUGUGAUUUAUGUGGUAAAACCUUUUCUCUGUGUGGUAACCUAGAAUGCCACAGACGUGUUCACACUGGAGAGAAGCCGUACUGGUGUGAACAAUGUGGGAAAACCUUUUCUCACAUUAGUAACCUUAAAUAUCACCAGCGCAUUCACACUGCCUCGUAGUGAACAUGUUUCCGAGCCAAGCUGUUUCCUCCUGCCUCCUCCUCAUGCCCUGAUAGCUGUGUUGUUAUAUUCUGAUCUUCUCUCCACAUUGAAGGCUGACCAGCAGUAACUUGAUCUUCUGAACACCAUGGAUGUUAUCCUGGCUACGACUACAUAUUACACUCCAUUAAUUUCACUCAAAAUUAGCUUUUAUUCCUGUAAUACAAUAUGUUGAGUUCAGGGUUCAACUGCUGGGGCUAUUUAACUAAUGCUGCAACAAAGGAGUAUUAGUUCUUCAUUAAAGAAAUCCGAUAACUAAUGUAAUGUCAAAUUGCUGAAAUAUUUAGUCUAUCGUCCCUUAAGACGAAGAAAAGAAGCUAAUCUUUGUAACUUUAAUCAAAAAAUGUCUGCUGCUGCUGCUUAUAAAAAGACUUGAACAGUUAAUGGGCCCUAUUUUAACGAAAUGAAACGCAAGUGUGAAACGCAAAACGCAAGUAGCUUUGU